AUGGAGGAUGGAACAGAGCAGACGAAUUCCGCAGUUGGUGAUGGGCAUUCGAUUCAAGUUAGUGAAGGCAUUGUGGAUGGUUCAGUGAGUUCAGAUCAAGCAGAUGUAGACGUUGAUGGAUCUUCAUCAAUUCCAGUUGAUCAAGAUUUGGUUGGGUUGGUAGUAAGUAAUGUUGAUGAGGCUUUUGAGUUGUAUAACAAUUAUGCAUAUAGACUUGGUUUUAGUGUGAGGAAGGGUCAUCAACGGUACAAGGGAUCUACUAACACAAUUCAAAUGAAGAAGUUUUGUUGUUCUAAGGCUGGUUAUAAGGCAAACAGUGGGGUUAAGGCUUAUUCCAAAAUUGACACAAGGACAGGGUGUGGAGCGUUUGUUCAGUUUGACGUGGGUGAUGAUGGGUUGUGGACAGUUACAAAACACGAGAAAGUGCACAAUCACAAGUUAUGUCUGUUCAACAAGAGUCAUCUACUUCGUUCACAUAAGAGUGUCGGAGAUAAUCAGCUCUUAUAUUUACAAGGUUUGAAGGACAGUGGAGUUGCACUGGUAGAUGGUAUUAGGUUCCUAAAACACCAAUCAGGGGGGUCCCCAUUAGUUGGUUUCACCAAUAGAGAUGCUUAUAAUUCAAUGGCUGCGGAUACAGUCAAGCGAUUGGAUGGAACGGAUUCUAACUCUUUAAUUGAAAUUUUUAGGAGGAGGCAGUCUACCGAGACUGAUUUUUUCUUUGAUUUUGAACUUGAUUUGGAUGCAAGAUUGUGCAGUUUUUUUUGGAGGGAUGGUCAAAUGAGACGAGAUUAUGAGUUGUUUGGGGAUUUGGUAGUGCACGAUACGACAUAUCGCACAAACAAAUAUGAUAUGAUUUGUGGCCCUUUCGUAGGGAUGAAUCACCAUUGCAUGAAUGUAAUGUUUGGAUGCGGGUUUUUGAUGAACGAGAGGAUAGAAUCGUUUGUGUGGUUGUUUAAAGCGUUUUUAAGAUCUAUGGGUUGCAAGUGUCCACAGACUAUUAUGACAGAUCAAUGUGCAGCUAUGGCUGCUGCUAUAUCUACAGUGUUUCCAACAUCACGUCACCGUCUUUGCAUAUGGCAUAUUGGUGAGAAUUCAAAGAAGCAUAUCAAGAUGUUAAGGAACAAUAAGGAUUUCUUGGAUAUGUUUAACUACGUGUUGAAAUACACAGAGACCGAAGCUGAAUUUCAAUUCUAUUGGACAAGGUUGGUGACUGACUAUAAAUGCCACAAGAAUACUUGGUUAGAAAAGCUAUAUGACAGUAGGGAGAAGUGGUGUACAGCAUUUAACAAGGACUAUUUUUCUGGGGGCAUUUUGUCGUCACAAAGGAGUGAAACUACAAAUCACUCAAUUUCUAGAAGGUUGUCCAAGACAGCGGGUCUUUGUGAUUUCUAUUCAUCAUUUGUAAGUGUAAUUUCUGAAUGGAGAAGUAAAGAGAAUGGUGAAAACUUUCGUUGUGCUCAAGGGGUACCCGCUAUGAUGAUGGAGCACGUGAAACUUCUUUCACAUGCUAGAGAAGUAUACACGAUUGAGAUAUAUUUUCUGUUUGAAGAACAAUUCAUGAAAGGCAGUGCUUGUCAUCAAGAAAUGGUUUUGAAUGAUGGCCAUCAAUAG